UGUGCGUCAUUCUGGCGUGUCCGUCUAUCCUUAGUUCGCUGGAGGGAUUUAGAGGGAGAAAAAAAAAAAAAAAAUAUCCUGGUUCUACCCGUUGGUAUUGGGGAACCAAGCAGUAGCUUGGCGCUGAUAGUGGAACGCUGAAAUGAUCCCUCUCCGUGCGGUUUUGCCGCUGCUGCUUGCAGUGUGUGUGUAUCAGUGCAGACAUAUACAUGGCUCUCGAGUAUCUUGUGAGGCAUCACAAUUCCAAUGCCGAAAUGGUCGCUGUAUUCCCUCUGUAUGGAAAUGUGAUGGAGAUGAAGACUGCUCAGAUGGAAGUGAUGAAGCUGCCUGUGCCAAGAAGACCUGUGGUGCUUCUGACUUUGUGUGCCAUGAUGGACACUGUGUACCCAGUAGGUGGCAAUGUGAUGGCGAUGCAGAUUGUGAAGAUGGCUCAGACGAAAGUCCAGAAGUCUGUCACAUGAGAACGUGUCGUGUCAAUGAAGUCAGCUGCAGUCCUGGAUCUACACAGUGCAUCCCUAUACCCUGGAGAUGUGAUGGUGAAAGAGACUGUGAUGAUGGUGGAGAUGAAGCAAAUUGUGGUGCCCUCACUUGCAGUACACAAGAAUUUACAUGUGCCAGUGGCAGAUGUGUUUCUAAGACCUUUGUCUGCAAUGGUGAAGAUGACUGUGGUGAUGGAAGUGAUGAGAAAGGCUGUGCACCACCAACCUGUGGCCCACAUGAAUUUCAGUGCAAUAGUUCAGAAUGUAUCCCAUUGCAGUGGGUAUGUGAUAGUGAUGUUGACUGUGCUGAUCACUCUGAUGAAUCCCCAGAACACUGUGGCCGCACACUCCCUCCCCCUGUAAAAUGCUCUGCUGGUGAAAUCCAGUGUGAUUCAGGUGAAUGCAUCCACCGUAGAUGGUACUGUGAUGGUGAUGCUGACUGCAGAGAUGGAAGUGAUGAAGUAAAUUGCCCUCCACAAACUUGUAGACCAGAUAACUUCAGAUGUGGUGAUGGAAGCUGCAUCCAUGGAAGCAGGCAGUGUAAUGGAUUCAGAGACUGCCACGAUGGCACUGAUGAGAUUAACUGCAGGAAUGUUUCAGAGUGUACUGGUCCAACUAACUUCAAGUGCCACAGUGGAGAAUGCAUUGAUAUGACUUUAGUGUGUAAUCAGCAGCAGGAUUGCCAGGACUGGAGUGAUGAGCCCCUCAAAGAAUGUAAUUUGAAUGAAUGUCUAGCUAACAAUGGAGGAUGCUCCCAUGUCUGCAGAGACCUUGUCAUUGGUUAUGAAUGUGAUUGUCCUGCUGGCUUUGAGCUGGUUGACAGAAAAACAUGUGGAGAUGUUGAUGAAUGCCAAAACCCUAGUGUGUGCAGCCAAAUUUGUGUGAAUUUGAAAGGAGGCUAUAAAUGUGAGUGCUAUGAAGGAUAUCAAAUGGAUGCUGCCAAUGGAGUUUGUAAAGCAGUAGGCAAAGAACCUUAUUUAAUGUUUACUAAUCGGCGUGACAUCCGGAAAAUAGGACUAGAGCACAAGGAAUACACUGAGGUGGUUGAGCAACUAAGAAACACAGUAGCACUGGAUGCUGAUGUUGCAGAGCAAAGACUCUUCUGGGCUGACUUGGGAGAACGGGCAAUUUUCAGCACUUCUCUGGACCAACGGAGUUCAGAAGGCCACUCCAGAGUUGUUGGUGAUCUCAGAGUCCCUGUGGGAAUUGCUGUAGACUGGAUUUACAAGAACAUCUAUUGGACUGAUCUAGGCUAUAAGAGUCUCUCUGUGACUACCUUUGAUGGAACCAAAAAGAAGACCCUCUUUGACACUGAUCUAAGGGAGCCAGCUUCUAUAGCUGUUGAUCCACUAAAUGGAUUUGUUUACUGGUCAGACUGGGGUGAACCAGCAAAGAUAGAAAAAGCAGGAAUGAAUGGUGUUGAUCGACAGCUUUUGGUUACCAGAGACAUUCAAUGGCCUAAUGGAAUUGCACUUGAUCUUGUGAAAAGCCGGCUGUAUUGGGUUGACUCCAAAAUGCAUACACUGUCCAGUGUGACCCUAAGUGGACAAGAUAGAAGAAGAGUGCUGUUGUCACAUGACUUCCUUGCUCAUCCUUUUGCAGUUACUGUAUUUGAAGACCGUGUCUUCUGGACUGACGGGGAAAACGAAGCUAUCUAUGGUGCUAACAAGUUCACAGGACAAGAUGUGGUGCUCUUUGCUUUCAAUCUUAAUGAACCUCAAGAUAUCAUAGUUUAUCAUCAACUUGUGCAACCAUCAGGGAAGAACUGGUGUAAUGGGAAAGUAAGGAAUGGAGGAUGUGAACACAUGUGCCUGCCAGCUCCUCAAAUUAACAGCCAUUCCCCAAAGUACACCUGUGUAUGUCCCUCUGGCAUGGAGCUAGCACAAGAUGGUCUACAAUGCAGAAUGGGAACUACAAGUACUGGACGUGCUCACAUUCUACCUUCUGCUUCCCACAUAAUGUCAACUGUACUACCAGGCUCUAGAGAUACAAAUUUGAGUAUCCCACUUGAAGUGAGCCAGUUUGGGAAAGGAUCAACAGCUGUCUGGAUUAUUAUUCCUGUUUUGCUUGCUACAAUAGCUUGUGUAGCUGGUUAUAUCGCAUGGCGCAACUGGCAGAACAAGAAUACAAAAAGCAUGAAUUUUGAUAAUCCUGUCUACUUAAAAACUACAGAGGAUGACUUGAACAUUGAUCUCAACAGGCAAAGUCAAGCAGUUGGCCAUACCUACCCUGCAAUUUCCAUUGUCAACACUGAAGAUGAUUCAGCGUGAUUGCUUGAGGGACUUUUACCAACUAGUUUGAUAUGCAGCUCAGUGACACUAUACAUCACCUAGAUGACAGCAUGUAAUAUGGUUUUGAACAAUUUUCUACAUGUAACUUAUUUAAGACUAAAGUCACUGUUAUUCCUUAAUCUUGCAGUAUUAACUUUUCAAGCACUUUUCACAUGACACCUUUUUAUGGUGAAAUGCAGAUUGGUAUCUAAAGAUACUGUUAAUUGUAUAAACUUGUAAAUAAGUCUUGAGCAUUUUGAGUACAGAUUUUUUGCAAUGACUGGGGUAAAGGGACAACUGCUGUGUUUGUAAGAUUUUUAUAUGCCAAAUAUGCAUUUGUCUAAAUUAAUCUUGCCAUGUUUCCAAUACUGCUAAUGAAAUAAAGUUCAUAAUUGCAUUUGAA